AUGAUUCGAAGCGACAUGACUACCCACGGCUACGUCGCGCACUAUUAUAUCAACGACCUCGACAAGCUCAAUGUCGAAGAACAGUAUCGCCUGCUAUACGACUUGCCAGACGGCCGUUAUGUUGCGCCACAAGAUAAGCGACGCAUGUUCUACAAAGGCGAAACCGCAUCGCAAGCUCUGGAGCACGUGCGCCGGUUUCUGCCUUCGCCAUUCAGCCCCAAUUCGUUGUCGCCUAGUUUGUACGAUGCACCGAGCUUGAUCGAUGAGGAGCGGUGGCACAAGGCUCGAGCGAAGUUGAGGAGAGAGGGUGCGUCAAACAAAUCCUGA